AUGAACGAUAACACAGCAUUUGAGACAGAAUAUAAAACUAAACAAGAUGCGAUAAUAAAGAAGCAAACUGGUGCUUCGCCUUCAUAUGUCAAUAUUGCUCAAAACUGGGGGAAAUUAAAGACUGAAAAAAAAAGUUCAGUUACUGAUGCUAUUAAAGCAGUUUUAAAAUAUGCUAAACAUAUCGAACUUGAUGAAGCAGAAAAAGCUGAUCGAGAAGAAAUUAAAAAAGCGAUUGCUAAACCCGAAGAUUACAAAGAUGCCCCAACUUCUAAACUUGAUGAACCUAUCUUGACUAAAUUGUUCGGCUUUACAAAAGAUAUUAACGAUAUCAUCCUUAAUGAUUAUGGCAAGAGUAAGAAUAAGAGUGGUUUUGACAAACUUAUGGCUCAUUUAACUGAAACUGGCGAAGGUUUUGAUGGUGGAAAUAAAGAUGCUUAUAAAGAUGCUGCUGAGGAAACUAAGAAAGAUAAGGCUUGGGAGACAUUUAUUAGUAAAGGUCCUGAAAUAGUAAUUAAAACGAUUGUUAAUCACGAGUUUGAAGAUAAAAAACAACCAUUAAAGGAAGAUAUAUAUAAAAAAGGGGAUGAUGGAGAAUUUGAUGAUGCUGCUGUAAAAUUAUACUUGUAUGAGGAAAAGAUCGGGAAGUCUCAUCAAUUUUUAGCAAAAGAUGAAAAACAAGAUGAACCUGGUAAUGGUGACGGCAAAGAAAUGA